UUGCUACCAAAGUCAUUCAGUGGGUGACCCCUUCCCCGAAAACUUACAAUUAAGCUUCGCUCGGUCUCUUUCUCUUUCGUUUUGGUCCGUCGGAAUUCAAUUCAAUUCCAGAACAACAAAGAAUCUCCAAAUCAACACAAAAAUGGUUAACGAGCAAUCGGUUAUGGCCGUCAUCAGGGCAACUAGGGCUACCUUUCGCAACGACUACGACAAGGUCGCUUUUGCCGUUCACGCCACAUUUCUCGCUUCCGGCUUCGUGCUGACUGCCACCGGACCUUCUGCUUUUACUGAGCCCACCUUUUCUUCUCCUUCUACCGAUGAAGUUAGUAUCGAGGGCUGGAACGACUUAGAGGAUGAAUAUGCAUACAUUUACGCAAACCUCGAGAAGGAUUCUAAUUGGAAGAAAGUGAUUGUCAAGUGCUUGGUCAUGAACGGGAAAUUGCUAGUUGAUGCCUUGACUGAUAAGAAUUCGGAGCCACUGCAUCUUGAAAUUGACGUUGAGGAAAUCGUCAAUCCGAAUGGGGGAAGUAACUAUACAACGCAGUACAGAAAUUUGGAUAAACUGGUGAAACGCUUGGACUUGGAAAUAUUGUCUAAAUUAGAUGGUUCUUCAAAAGCGUCGACAAGUAAUCCUGCAAGGGCUGAGAGUAGUGAAAGAUCAUCUGGAGUUGUAAAUGAGCCUUCUUCUGGAAUCCCUGAGACUCGAAGCCCCCCAUCGAAUAUGCCUCUUUAUGGAAUUCCUGAGCGUCCUGGUCCAAUGAUUCAUCCUUCUGGAGUUGUAAUUCCUCCUAUUAAUCCCCUUGGUGGUGGUGAUCUUUUCCCUGGACCUGGCGCUGGAAUGUACCCUGCUAGAGGUGGCUUUAGUGGCGAUGGAAGCAUGCUUUUAGGUCCUAAUGAUCCAAGAUGGUUUGGAAUCGGUAGAGGACCUGGUUUUCAAGGAGGGCAGCCGGGUGUGCCUCCAGGUGCUCGUUUUGAUCCAUAUGGUCCACCUGAUGUUCCUGGGUUUGAGCCAAAUCGGUUUGUUAGAAAUCCUCGAAGACCAGGAGGAGGGACUCAUCCCGACCUGGAGCAUUUUGGAGGUGGUUCCGAUUUCAUAUAGUCGGCUGUAAUUAUAAAGCAUCUGAAAAUUAGAAGGUUUAGGGAAAGACAAUGACUCCUCCCUGGAAGUUAUUUCUUCUUCUUUUUAAUGUUUUUGGUGGCCUGUAAUGACUGUAUAGUACUAUUGUGAAUAUGGGAAUGGUGUUUCUCGAGUUUAAAGAUGUUUUUUUUAUUGUUACGCCGGACUUAAAACUAGAUGUAAUUUCUCAAAUUCCGAACUGUUUGCUCUCAUGAUCAAGGCUUUUCAAUUUUGUAAUUGUUCAUGUU